ACUAUCGUAAUUUGUAUGAAAUACACUAUAUCAAAUGAUGCCAAUACUUUAGCCCCUUUUUUUUUCACCCUCGUUGUCUCUCUAAUUUCCAAAUCCAGGAGAGAUCGUCAUUGAUCAAGAGGGGAGAGGGAGGAAUCAGCAACUCAAAAUGGCGAGGAAACCGGAAGAAGAAUACGAUUACUUGUUCAAAGUAGUGCUAAUCGGCGACUCCGGAGUCGGUAAAUCUAAUCUUCUUUCUCGAUUUACUCGUAAUGAGUUUUGCUUGGAAUCUAAAUCCACCAUUGGCAUCGAAUUCGCUACUCGUACUCUUCAGGUUGAAGGAAGAACUGUGAAGGCUCAGAUAUGGGACACUGCAGGUCAAGAGCGUUAUAGGGCAAUUACAAGUGCAUACUACAGGGGUGCGCUUGGUGCUCUCCUAGUUUAUGAUGUGACGAAACCUACAACAUUUGACAAUGUGAGUCGGUGGUUGAAGGAGCUACGGGACCACGCUGAUGCCAAUAUUGUGAUUUUGCUUAUUGGAAACAAGACUGAUCUUAAGCAUCUGCGUGCUGUUGCCACGGAAGAUGCUCAGAGUUUCUCCGAAAAAGAGGGUCUUUCUUUCAUAGAAACGUCUGCCCUUGAAGCAACAAAUGUUGAGAAGGCAUUUCAAACUAUUCUCUCUGAGAUAUACCGGAUCAUUAGCAAGAAGUCUCUUUCGUCUAAUGAACCACCACCUACAGCUCUUGCAGGAGGUCAAACUAUAGUGGUAGGGGCACCAUCUGAGACUACUGCAAAAAAGUCUUGCUGUACGUCUUCCUAGGUGUUUUUUUGGUUGUGUUUUGCUGUUAUGCAUUCUGUUUUCAAGUCAAAGUUUUGGUUGGUUGGAAUUUAGCUUGUUAUGAACUGGCUUAAGCCUGAUACUUGUUGUAAAUGCAUGGUUUUCUUGAAUUGUCAUUGCCUUACGUGAUUGAUUGUCUUUCUCAAA